GUUGGUUACAAAACAUACAUAAGUUAAAUAGAUAGCAGACAGGGCUUAAUGCAAUUUCGGAGGAGUCGGUUGACAUUUGUGUGUGACUUUGUUUGAUUUGAAUGUAACAGCCGAUGGAUCCAGCUCCAGCACCAGCUCCCAUGCAGAACAACUGCGAGACAGAGUUGGAAAAUACAAAAAACAGGUCAGGUUCAAUCUGGAGCUGGUGGCCCUCCUGGCGUCCGACCUCCAUGUCCCUGUUGAAGACUACAGAGUCUAAAAUUCUUGCCUGUAUUAAGAAUGAUUUAUGGGCAAGGUUUGUGACCCUCCAGAACCAGGACCGAAUAUGGACUCUGUCUCUUACCAACAAGGGGACUCCCAAAUCUGCAGAGCAAGCACCUAAGACUCCCCUGGUAAUGGUUCAUGGCUUUGGAGGAGGGGUUGGACUGUGGAUCAGGAACCUAGAUGCACUGAGCCGCUCACGGACAGUCUACGCCUUCGACCUUUUGGGCUUUGGUAGGAGUUCGAGGCCUCCAUUCCCCUCAGAUCCUGCCAAGGCAGAGGAGCAGUUUGUCGACUCUAUUGAACAGUGGAGGCAGGCUGUUGGUCUGGAGAGCAUGAUUCUAUUAGGGCACAGCCUGGGGGGCUAUCUGGCUACCUCGUACGCAAUUCAACAUCCUUCCAGAGUUUCUCACCUUAUCUUGGUGGACCCCUGGGGCUUCCCAGAGCGACCCAAACCAGAGAGCCAGCAGAGUCAGGAUCAAGGUUCUGAGGUGGUAAAGAGGCCCGGCCCUCCCCGAUGGGCAAAAGCCAUAAUUUCGAUUUUUAGCUUGUUUAACCCUCUGGCUGUUAUCAGAGCUGCAGGCCCAUGGGGUCCAGGAUUGGUGAACAGAUUCCGCCCUGAUUUUAAAAGAAAAUUUGAGGACCUUUUUGAUGAUGACACAAUGACACAGUAUAUUUACCACUGUAAUGCACAGACUCCAAGUGGGGAGGUUGGUUUCCGGGCCAUGUCAGAAACACUGGGUUGGGCAAAGAGGCCCAUGCUGCAGCGAGUAAAUCUGCUGUCCCCUUCCAUGCCUGUCACCAUGCUGUACGGGGCUCGGUCUUGGGUGGACAGCUCAUCUGGGGACAGAGCAGCCGAGAUUAGGUGCAAGGCCUACACCAAAGUACUGCUGAUAGAUAACGCCUCACACCAUGUGUAUGCUGAUGAACCAGAAGUCUUCAACAAGGUGGUGGAAAACAUAUGUAAAUCUGUGGACUGAAGGCGUGUUUUUGCAUCUCCAAAGUACCUAUGAUUCUGCGCUGUAUCUGCAGAAGCCAUCAUGGCGAAUCCAGCCCUGCAGCCUCAGCAUGUCAAACCGUCUAAAUGAUUUGAGGCUUUUGUAGAUAUAUUAUGUGUCUGAAAGUAAAUCUGCUCUUUUUUUAAAUUGUUGUGAAUCUUUUUUUUUU